UCCCUGCAUCACACAUCCUACUUCUCCACUCUGCUCCUGCUCGCCGCCGCCAAAAGCGCCAACAAGCCAAGCCUACCGCGCCGCGCGCCACAAGAACCACCACGCCCCCGAUGGAGAACGGCGCUGGCAAUGGGAUGGCCGUGGCGGCGGCGGCGGCGGCGGCGGCCCCGGCGGCCACGUGGAACUUCGCGCCGAACGAGGCCCUUCUGGGCCUGACGGCGCUCUCGGUGCGUGGCGUGCUGGGCAGGGUCAAGGCCGGGAUGGUGGCCGGCGGCGGCGCGCGGCCGGUGAUCCCGAUGGGGCACGGCGACCCUUCGGUGUUCCCUUGCUUCCGUACCGCGCCGGAGGCCGUGGACGCCGUCGCCGGCGCGCUCCGGUCCUGGGAGCACAACUCCUACUCCACCUGCGUCGGCCUCGAGCCCGCACGGAGGUCCAUUGCGAAGUAUUUAUCCCAUAAUCUGCCAUACGAAUUAUCACCUGAUGACGUCUACCUCACAAGCGGCUGCGCUCAAGCAAUUGAAAUAAUCUGCUCUGUUUUAGCCCGUCCUGGUGCCAACAUCUUGCUUCCAAGGCCUGGCUACCUGUUCUAUGAGGCACGUGCUGUUUUCAACGGCAUGGAAGCUCGGUACUAUGAUCUUCUACCUGAGAAAGAUUGGGAGGUUGAUAUUCAUGGCGUCCAAGCUCUUGCUGACGAGAACACUGUUGCCAUGGUCAUUGUCAACCCAGGGAACCCUUGUGGUAAUGUCUACACCUACGAGCACCUGGCCAAGGUUGCCGAGACAGCGCGGAAGCUUGGCAUAUUUGUCAUUACAGAUGAAGUCUAUGCACACUUGACAUUUGGGGAGAGGAAAUUUGUGCCGAUGGGUGUGUUUGGGGAAGUGGCUCCUGUCUUCACCCUAGGGUCAAUAUCAAAGAGAUGGCUGGUGCCUGGAUGGCGGCUUGGAUGGAUUGUUACCAAUGAUCCUAAUAGUGUAUUUCAAAGGACUAAGGUUGUGGACAGUAUCAAGAGCUACCUUGAUAUCUCCUCUGAUCCGCCAACGUUUGUCCAGGGAGCAAUUCCAAACCUCCUAGAGAACACAAAGGAGGAAUUCUUCGACAAAACCGUCAAAAUUCUUAGAGAAACAUCUGAUAUAUGCUGGGAGAAGCUGAAGGGCAUCAGUGCCAUUACUUGCCCGAGCAAACCUGAAGGCUCCAUGUUUGUGAUGGUGAAACUGGAUCUAACCUGCCUUCAAGACAUCAAAGAUGACAUGGACUUCUGCUGCCGACUGGCAAAGGAAGAAUUAGUGGUUCUUCUGCCAGGAUGUGCUGUAGGAUACAAGAAUUGGCUCCGAAUCACCUUCGCAAUUGAUCCAUCUUCUCUAGAAGACGGCCUUGACAGGCUCAAGUCCUUCUGCUUGCGACACAGCAAGCCGACAAAGUGAUGAUAAAGAUCACUAGUUCUUCGCAACACAAGACCAAUUGUUAUGAACUUCUAGCGAAAUAUUAUAUUGUAUCAUCUUCACUUCUUCACUUGGAGAUGCUAGAUUUGAUGCAUUAGGUCCUGGGCAAGCAAUGGGCUCUGCUUUUGUCUAGCCAUCAUUUAGUGUCUUUAGGUGUAGCGCAAAUUUUAGGGGAUCUGUAUUGUAUAAAAACUUUUCUUGUAUAAAGAAGGGAUUAUAUGAGAACAGCCAUCUCAUUAUAGUAUUUAGUACCGUUCUCAUUUUACGCAA